AUGUCAAGUUCUUCAACAAAGAACGAUUUUGAUGAAAAUAUAUCAUCAAUUGAUUUAAUUCCAUCUGAUUCAAAUGCAACUUUUUAUUUUUUACCAAAUGGUAUUGGCAGAGAUCGUCGUACAAUAUUUACAAAUGCUAUUCAACAAUUUCAUCUUCAACUUUUAACAUCACCAGAAAAUGUUCGUUUUAUUAUUGUUGAUGAACAAUUUGAUGCACCCAAAGUAUAUUCAAUAUUAAAAUUAGAUCCAUCAGAAAAUGAUGAAAGACCAAAACCAAUUAUUAUUCAAACAAAAUGGUUAAGUGAUUCAUUAAAAGAAAGACAUUUACUUCCAUUAACGAAAGAUUAUAUCAUUCGAGCACCUCUUAUUCGAAAAAAAGCAAUGCCAUCUUUUUCACAAGAACCAAUUAUAGAAGAAAAGAAACGUUUUCAAAAUAAAUCUAAACGAAGAUUAUCUGAUGAUCAACCUCAAGGUGGAUCUGCAACACAAGUUAAACAAAGACGUUAUUCAUCUGAUGAGGAUGAUGAUAUUAUGGAAGAUUAUAAUGAUACGGUUAAAAAUCCAUAUAAACAUGGAGAACUACCAAAAGGUAAUUGGAUGUGUUCAAUGUCUUCGCAAACAGCUAAAAAGAAUACUGAAAUCAAUAAAGAUAUUAUUGAGAAACUUCAAGCUAUGGCUGAUCUCUAUGAUAAAUGGCGUGCAUAUUCAUAUCAAAAAGCUAUAACGACAAUUCGUCGAUGCACAAAACGAAUUGAUUCAUAUGAAGAAAUAAUAAAAUUACCUGGUAUUGGUGAAAGUUUAGCUAAAAAAAUUUGGGAAAUAAUUGAUACAGGUAGUUUGGAAAAACUAGAAGAUUUUCAAUCAUCUGAAUACAUGACUGUUAUUAAUUUAUUUGGUAAUGUAUGGGGAUGUGGACCAAAUAUUGCUAAAAAUUGGUAUGAUCAGGGUUUUCGUACUCUUGAUGAUCUUCGUACAAAAGCAAAAUUAUCUCAUAAUCAAGAAGUUGGAUUAAAAUAUUAUGAUGAAUUUCUUGAACGAAUUCCACGUGAUGAAGUUACUGAAAUUGAAGCUGUAAAAGAACAUGCACUUGCAUUAGUACCAGGUCUUAUUGUCCAAACUUGUGGUUCAUAUCGACGAGGCAAAGUAACAUGUGGUGAUGUUGAUAUUUUAAUUACACAUACUGAUGGGAUAUCUCACCAAGGUCUACUUAUUCCAUUAGUAGAUUCAUUAAGAAAAUCUGGUUUUCUAACUGAUGAUCUUGUUCUUUCGGAUAAAUAUGAAGAAGAUAGCGGUUCUCAUGUGAAAUAUUUUGGUGUUUGUCUAUUACCCGGUGAAAAUAGAAAACAUCGUCGUUUGGAUAUUAUUGUCGUACCACAUAGUGAAUAUGCUUGUGCUUUACUUUAUUUUACUGGUAGUGCACUUUUUAAUCGAUCAAUGCGAAAUUUAGCACAUCAAUAUAACAUGUAUUUAUCUCAGCAUCGUCUUAAUACCGGUGUUAUUCGCAAGAAUAAUUCAAAAAUCAAUAUGGGUACACCAUUAUAUACUCCAACAGAAGAAUCUAUUUUUAAAUAUUUAAAUUUACCUUAUCGAUCACCAGAAGAACGUGAUCAUUGA